GCCGUGGGCGAAGUGUGGAAUCGGUUGCGUUUUAUUCGUAGUAAAUGUAAGUUUUCAUCGAAUUUCGCCAGAAUUUAGUAACUUCGUUGGAUAUCGACUGGAUAUCAGAGCGACGUUUUUGAAUUCUUGGCUCAAUGUCGGUUCUCGAUGGAAAUUUCUGUGAAAGUGCUAAAAUCAGCGAUCUCGACUUGUAUCGAAUGGGUUAAGUGCUCGUGGAUCUUUCUACUAUUCAAUGGACUCGCUUUCGUUAACUUUCUAGUGGAAUAUUUUCGAUCUGUGCACUUUCAUACUAAAUUGUGGAUACAGGUUCAGCUAGACAACGACAAGUGUCGUCGUGAGCGGGAACCACACCUGUCGUCCGGAUCGCGACUCGAUCUUGCCGGCCUAUGCAUCACUUCCCGGUCCAAUACGUCGAGAUCCAGCCGAGCAACCAUGGUCGAUUCACACGGCAACGCCCUGCCGCCGCUCAGCCCGUCCAGCAACAACAACUCGUCCUCGUCGACGGCGGCCAGCGAGAGUGAGCAGCAGCAGCAGCCGCAGAGGCCCGUCCCCCUGACGCCCAGUGAAGCACUCAAGUACCACGGAACCCGCCUGACGGACUACGAAAAGCAGGAGAUCGAGAAAUACCCGGAAAUCUACUACCUGGGACUCGAUGCCUGCAAAAUCAACGCCAAGCCGGGAACGGCCCUCAACUCGGGCUACGACGAUGACAACGGCAGCUACAACAAGGUGAUCCACGACCACGUCUGCUACCGGUACGAAAUCCUCGAGGUCAUCGGCAAGGGCAGCUUCGGUCAGGUCAUCCGGGCGUUGGACCACAAAACCAAUCAGCACGUGGCAAUCAAAAUCAUCCGGAACAAGAAACGCUUCCACCACCAGGCCCUCGUCGAGGUUCGAAUAUUGGACGAACUGCGCAAGAAGGACGUGGACGGAGCGUACAACGUGAUACACAUGCUCGACUAUUUCUACUUCCGCAAUCAUCUGUGCAUCAGCUUCGAGCUGAUGAGCCUGAACCUGUACGAACUGAUCAAAAAGAACAACUACCAAGGAUUCAGUCUGAGCCUCAUCCGACGGUUUUGCAACUCGAUAGUCAAGUGUUUGCGUUUGCUCUAUCAGGAAAACAUCAUCCACUGUGAUCUGAAGCCCGCUGUAUACUGGCAGAACUGUACACCGGCUAUCCGCUGUUCCCCGGAGAGAACGAAGUGGAGCAAUUGGCGUGCAUCAUGGAAGUGCUGGGAGUUCCACCAGAUGAUCUCAUCAAUACUGCCACCAGGAGGAGAUUAUUCUUUGACUCGAGAGGCAUUCCACGGUGCAUAACCAAUUCCAAGGGACGCAAACGGAAACCGGGCUCCAAAACGAUCUCGCAGGCACUACGCUGCAACGACACAGUGUUCAUCGAUUUUGUCAGCAAAUGCCUAGAAUGGGAUCCCAAGAAACGCAUGACACCGGAAGAGGCAGCCCGCCACGAGUGGCUCCAGCCGAGCGCAUCCUCCACAUACGUCUCGUCCAAGUCCAAGGAAAACAGUGAUAAUCAGCUCAGUUUCAUGCAAAAACUGCAACGAUCUCAGCCAAUGACACCAAAUACAAUCCUUCCGGAAAUCAAGACCCCCAACAACCGGCAGCGCUACGUCAAGGAGCGAGUCAAAGCAACAGAUCUCGAAACAGCACAACAGCAGUACUCGUUGCACCGAUUAUACCAUGCCCGUAAGACGACGCUGAAUUCGUCCAACAACAAUAGCGGCAGUAGUACCAACAUCAGCAGUAGCAGUGGCAGUAGCAGCUACAACAAUAAUAACAACAAUAACAACGGAAGCAACUCUAUCAUGAACCAACAGCACGGAAGCAGUCAGACAAUAACCUCCAGCUCCAAGUAUCCGUCGAGUCACCACGUGGGAGGACAUCACCAUCAUCACCACGGCGGGAUGCCCCACUCCCAGAGCACCGGAGACGUUUCGGCCAUCUUCGGACGCGCAUGACAUGACACCCUGAGCAAAGCCAAGGACACCAGCAAGAUCAUCAGCUUGAUCUAGAAGCUGGUCAGGCCGGGCUCCGUUCGGUUGUACGUCACACUCUACAGAAUGCUACACUAGAUUACGAUACAUAGGGGGCAGGGAAUAUCAUAGAAUCCGAAACUCUGUGAAUAGUUUGUAGUGAAGUGUAUAGAGUUUCGAGCGUAUCUGAGCGAGACAUUCGAGAGCAUCUACGAAAAGAAAUCUUGGAUACUUUUUCAAAACGACGUAUAAUACACGCAAAUCCUAUGUUGAUACGUCGUUUUGAAUAAGUAUCCGAGAAAUGUUAAUCAGUAUCCAUAAUCCUCAGAGAUUAAUCUUCCUCCCACUGCCUUCCUCCCAAAAAAACAUAGAGGAGUUCUCUCCCUAGGUGAUGGAUCUCCAUAAGGUAGACUAAAUAGAACAAAAGCAUGUAGUUGAGCAUACUGUAAAUAUAGAAUGGCGGGAAUCUCCUCAUAGAAAUGUGAUUCUUGUAUUUCCGACCGAUGCGCGUGGCAAUGGCCAGGGUCACUCUCUUAUCAAGACUAUAAAUUGAGACGAGCUCUCCGAAGUGCUUGAAACUGUACUGUGCCGUUCGAUAUCUCUCAGCGAAGAAAUAUUUCUUGCAACGGCUUUUCUUUUCGGCUUUCAAUUAGACUUAUCGAAAUCUUCAUUGGUCAUUGGUUUCAUCGCACGGUCGGAAUGAGAACCAUCGAAUCCUCCCCAAAAAGAACUCCCCGUAUAUUUAGCAUAGAGGUAGAUAACCGUAGCUAAGCGUUAUAAUCCAUUGAAAGCCUGAUGAUGGUGAUGAUAAAUGUGGUGAUAUUGGUGCAGCAGCCGUCAUUGCUAAUAGACUUUAGAAUGUGAAUGGUACCUAAGAAUGAUUCCUCUCUAUCCAGUUGACAGGGAUCCUUGACAGGCAGUUACGAUAUAUUAAGAAAAGCUUCAAUCGAUUCCAAGUAGCGAGGGAUGAGGACAGACCAAAUGAGAAGCGAUAGAGGCCAGGAACAGAUGAUUGAGAGUGUUCGAAUCUAGUUUCGAGGCAAUUAGUGUACUUGUACAGUAUGACUGACUUUUAACGGUAACAUUAUACCAUAUAUUCAUAAAAUAUCUGUAAUUUAUUGUUUAAAGGAAAUCAAGAUGACAAAAUUUAAAAACAAUACACAUAAGAAAUCAAAUACAGAAAGCUAACAACAGAGUUAUUGUAAUCAGCAGUUAAUGCAAGUGAUCCAUAGUACGUAGUGGAAUGAAAAGAAAAGUUUCGUUGACCUAAACGUUAAGAUAACCUUUAUUCGACAAAUAUUUGUUAAAAACUCUUCCGGAAAAUCAAAGGCACUUAAAAAUGAUGAUCGACGAGUCACGUGAGUGACAGCGCAUGAAUCAAAAAAUAAAUAAUUGUUCAAUUGUAAUCACAGAGCUAAAAUUA